AUUGCUGUCUAAACUGUCCACUUAAAUCCUAAACUUUAAACGUUUUUAAUGACAAUAGUUUCUGGACAUUUACAUGCAAUUUAUGAGCUCAUCAUCCACAAAAACAUAAGUUUACCCAUUGCUCCCCCACAAAAAAUCUGAGGUCGGAACUAUUUUUUCCUUUAGACCAUGUUUCCUGGGGCGGGAAGCUCUUCUGUUACACCAAACAUGGUUGCUUCCUUCAGCAGAUACUUCAGGUUUUGAUUGAACUGCAUUUGGAGGGUGACUCAAUCAAGAUGGACGAAGAGCCAGAGAGAGCCAAGCGUUGGGAGGGAGGUUAUGAGCGAACAUGGGAGAUCUUGAAGGAGGACGAGUCUGGAUCUCUCAAAGCCACUGUAGAGGAAAUCCUUUUCCAGGCCAAAAGGAAAAGGGUGUUUGAGAGUCAUGGACAAGUUCGGCUUGGGAUGAUGCGUCACCUGUACGUGGUAAUUGACACCUCUAGAACCAUGGAAGACCAGGACCUGAAACCCAAUCGCCUCACCUCUACACUCAAGCUGGUGGAAUAUUUUGUUGAGGAAUACUUUGACCAGAACCCCAUCAGUCAGGUGGGCAUCAUCACCACAAAGAACAAGAGAGCGGAGAAGCUGACUGACCUGGCAGGCAACCCAAAGAAGCACAUUGAUGCCCUGAAGAAAGCAAAGGACUCUACGUGUGGAGGAGAACCCUCUCUAUAUAACUCCCUCAGCCUGGCCAUGCAGACACUCAAACACAUGCCAGGCCACAGCAGCAGAGAAGUCCUCAUCAUCUUCAGUAGUCUCACCACAUGUGACCCAGCUAACAUCUACGAGCUGGUCAAGACUCUGAAGGCUCUGAAGAUCCGUGUGUCUGUGAUUGGCCUGUCAGCCGAGGUGCGUGUCUGCACGGUGCUCACCAGAGAGACCGGAGGGUCGUACCAUGUGAUCCUGGAUGAGAGCCACUUCAGGGAGCUGCUGAUGUUUCAUGUGAAGCCUCCUCCUGCUACCUCCUCCUCCGAGUGUUCCCUCAUACGCAUGGGUUUCCCCCAGCACACCAUAGCCUCUAUAUCAGACCAGGAUGCCAAGCCUUCUUUCAGCCAGGCCCAUCUGGACAGCACUAGUGGUGGUCCCGGUCUGUCUAUGGGAGGGUACUUCUGUCCACAGUGCCAGGCCAAGUACACUGAGCUACCUGUCGAGUGUAAAGUCUGUGGGCUGACACUUGUCUCCGCUCCUCACCUGGCCCGCUCCUUCCACCACCUCUUCCCCCUGGAGGCCUUCCAGGAGAGUCCUCUGCUGCUGCACCACACAGAGAGGUUCUGUGAAGCCUGCCAGGGGGAGCUGAAAGACAAGAGUGUGUUCACGUGUCCGUCGUGCAACAGUGUGUUCUGCGUGGAGUGUGACCUGUUCAUCCACGACACGCUGCACUGCUGCCCCUCUUGCAUCCACAGCCGCAGUGCCCCCUGAGAUGCUGUGGUCAAAAGUAGAGGACUAUGUAGGACUUAUGGGUAACCUCAGACAAGUGCCAAUAUAUCUGCACACACUUUAAAGAUGUUUACUCAUUUGGAGGUCCUUCAGUGCUUUGGGCCCUUACAGAAUUUACCUCUGGAGUUGUGUUGCUAGGACAUUUGGAAUUGACUUUGGCUGUAUUACUUGGAGUUGAUCUUGGAGUUGACUUUGGAGUUGUCCUGUAUCCAGGCUGACAUCUAAAGCUAGAGGAACGACUUUACCUCAAUGAUGGUUGGAUUGAGAUGGAACUGCUGAAACUCUGAGCAUCGAUAUCACCGGUUGGCUAGUGCCGGAUGGCUCCGGCAGCAGCAUAGAAUGGACCAAACCUUUUCAAUAAACUUCAGCUCUUUUGUAGAGAU